UCUAGGCUGGCUACCACCAGCCUGAAUCUCAAGUGAGAUACAGGCUGGGUACCUGCUAUUCAUUUUCUUGUAGGGGUGGAGCAGUUUAAAAUUUUCCACAGCCGUUGAUUGGGCGCUGCAUAUGUCAGUCAGUCUGGGGCAGUUGAAGCUCACAGCCAAUCGUGUCACUGCUAGCCGCUGACGUAAAUGCAGAGCGACGGCAGCACCACGAAAAAGAAUCAUUGCUGUGUUUGCUCAUGUGUUUGCUUCUUUCGCCAUGUCGCCGGACGAUUCUUGCCGUUUAUGUAAAGUAAACAUGAGGGAAAGUGGACCCCGUGUUUAUGCACACUCCACAGAUAUGUUUGUGUCAAAAACAACGCCGACCAUAUCAGAUAGGUUAGCGAUGAUGGACCUGAUAGUCACCCCGGAGCCGGAGCAGUCAAACAGAUGCUGCCAGCGCUGCACCUCCACACUCGGUCGGCUUGAAAAAGACUUUCCUUUAUUCAGGCAAUGGGAAGAGAACGUCCGGUUAAGCAGCGUAUCGAAAAGACAACGUGAACCCACCCCGUCCAAGACACCGAGGACUUUGAAAAAGACCUGCCCAAACCCACCGAGUCCACUAGCUUGUUCCUUCGGAAACACGACAACAAAGGUUUCUAUCAAUUAUCCAACUCAAACACUGACGAGGGAGUGCCAUCCUGAGGAAGAUCCCAUAAUUAAAUCCAUAGCUCUGAAGAGAUGGAAAGAGGCUGCCAGUCAUGCACUGAAGCAUCGUCACCUGCAAGACGAAAUCAAAGAUGAAGUCAUCAAGUUAAUAAGAAAAGAAUGCGAUGUACUGUGCUCUCGCAAGUAUGACUUCAUUCUGUGGAAGUCUAAACCGGCAGACCUCAAGUCAUUCUCCUUCAAAUGUUUAAGAGAUGACCUCCAUCGGCUUGCUCCCUUUCUACUUUCAUUUUUCAACUGUGUCACAAACAACAACGACUUAGCUAGCUGUACUGCUGCAGCCAUUGCAAUAAGAGGCAGAAAACCGCAGCUAGCAGCAUUAUCGUAUUGGAUCAACACAGUUCUCCAGUAUGGCGGAGCAAAAAAGUCUGUCUUCAAUCGCCUCUCAAAAUUGUCGAUCACCACAUCCCAUAGGAAAGCAGUUAAAAAGCAACACGAGUUGGCACUUGGCUGUGGGGCUGAUUUUGUAGAAUUUAAAAGUGGCUUGAAAGCUACAGACACUGAACUGUCAGAGGGAUCAGAAAGCCUUGAGGACUUUCAUCUCACAGAUGAAAACCUCACAACAGCCCCCAGACAUGAAGAGAGUCCUGUGACCUGCCCACCAUCAUACCAAAUAAUUAUGGACAACCUGGAUUUUUUUGUACACACUCACAGCCAGUCCAUCAACAACACCAACAAGAGUAUACACUGGAUACACCAUCUUGCAGUCAAAGACCGUGUACCUACACAUCACUUCUCUAACAUCAAACCAACAACAGACAUUCAACAGUACAAUCUGAAAUCCUCACUUCCUCAGCGGAGCACUCAGGCUUUAAUGCGCAGGGAAUUUAUUGUUCUUGCCACUAGAAUGCUGACAAAGUACAUGUCAGUAUUCGAAAGCUUUGGAGAGUCAGUGGUUAAUCACAUUCCUCAUCAGUAUUCCAGUGAAAUGUCAGCAAGAUCAACUGAUGUAAGUUGGAACAUAUUGUAUUUUUUCAACACUGCAUACAUCUCUGAUGUACUCUUUCCUCUCUAAAGUUCCCCUUAGGCCUCUUUUUUAAAAAUGAGAACCAGAGAGGUGACUUAGUGGAAGUCUUGAGAGAAAUUCAGCAAGAGCACAUGCUCAAAGACGCUGAUUGUGUGCAACACUUACUAAUUGGAGGGGACCGUCUCACAGAGGCUAACUGUCGCAAUGUGCAGUGGGGAUUUUCAGACGCAGAUACUAAGGAGGAAAGAAUGGAGGGAAUGCAUUUUAAAUUUGAGGACUGGCAUGCUAUCAGAGUUCUGUUUGAGAUCCAUCACAAGAUCUUUUUCAAAGAGUCCACCACAGACCAUGGCACACUAUUUGCGAACAUGACCAAGUUGAGUUUCUGAUGACUCAAUCAACUGUGAACAUGGCUGUUCUUUGUUCUGGGAUGGGAAAUGCAGACAUCAUGAAUUCAGCUCUGCUGUUCCCGGGGAUGUUGGUUGUGACAUUGGCAGGGUGCAGCGCUGCCAAGAGUGGACCUCAUUCAGCAUUCAAUGCUUACAGGGACUUUGUGAUCAAGGACACAACAGCCCUAUUCCUAGCAGCUGUGAUUGAGCAUCUUGGUUUUCUUCAUGUCACAGAUUGUCCUGAGUCCCUCAUACCACAGCACAUCAAGGAGGCCUCUCCAGAAGCAAGAAGAUCAUGGUUCAACAAAUUAACAGCUGAAAUUGUGGACAAAUAUGUUCUUCUUCCUGGCAUCACAGAAGCUGCAGAGUCUGCUAGAAAAGCAUCUGCAACACCGGUUCUAAAGAAUCAGUUCCCAUGUCGAAUGGAGGGUUGUUCACGCACAUUCACAUAUUACAAAAGCAGACUAACCCAUGAACAGAAAAUGCACAACCUGGUUAUUCCAACUGACACCACCCCAGCCAUCAGCUCAGAUCGCGAUCACAAGUAUGAACACACUGUUGCCAGAUUGGGUUUCAGCUUCAUUCUUUUGGACUUUAUGGAUGCAGUAAAGGAAGGAGACGGCGAAAGGCUGAUGCGUCUCUACACAGUUGCUCUGUUGUUUUACAAAGCAUAUGGACAUACAAGCUAUGCUUACAGUACGUUCAUGCUUACUGUACAACUGAAUGCCACGUUGUCUCCACAGGUUGCUCACAGUCUCAUGUGGAACAGAUUCUGGAGCACCAGGGGAGGCAAGGGACGAAACAUUCCACUAGAUUUGCAUCUGGAGCACUUAAAUGGAUUUUUGAAAUCUUUCCUGAAGGGCCUUGGGCCUAACCUAAAUGAGACUUCAGCAGCCAGAAUAAGCAGGUCCAUUGCUGUCUUCAAAGAAAUGAUGGCCGGCACCGAUUUGGAAAUGGGAAUAUCGAGGCAAACUGGUGCUCAUCAUGUGGACAUGACCAAAGACAUCCUCACCUUGGUAGACACACUGCAAGAGGCAGAGCUUUUUAAACAAAAAGCAGGUCAUGUCUAUGCUGCCUUCCCUGGUUUCCAAAGAAACCUACUGUCAAAACUGGAUCCAAAGGCACUUUGGAAGUGGAUGAUGAGCAAGCUCAGUGAAUGGCGUAGUGUCCCUUUGUAAAGCUUUUGAGACGUUUCAAUCAUUAUUGUUGGCAUUGUAAAUAGCUAUAUAUUUAAACAAGCGAUUUCUGUUUUAAAUUUAUUAACAUUUUAUUAAAACUAUUUUUUCCUUCAAACCUUGA